AUGGAGAAAAUAGUCAAAUUACAUUGCAACCUCAAGAACACGGAAGCUAUACUGCAAGCUGAAGAAAGAGAAAAAGUAAAAAUUCCCAACGCCAUAGUCAAAAUUGAUGAAAACGGUAUAUUCUACACUACUAUCGUAAAUACAAACGCGAUCCCAAAACAAAUUGAUCUUUCUGAAAUAAAACUCGAACCCCUUCCAACACACGAAACAAUUUUCAAUAUUAACGAAUUGUUUUCCCAAAACAAACUCCAUAUUGACCGUAUUCAAGAAAUCAAAGCGCAACUUAGAACCGAACAUUUGAAAGAAGAGGAACAUCAAUCAAUAACUGACUUAUGCCUCCAAUUCGAAGAUAUCUUCUAUUUAGAAGGAGAUAAUCUCACUUUUGCCAAUGAAAUAAAGCACACCAUUGAUACUAAGGAUACUAGACCCGUCUUUACGAAAUCCUACAGGUACCCACAGCCAUCAAUAUCCGCAUGGUCAUCUCCAGUUUGGGUUGUAUCCAAAAAGAUGGAUGCCAUCGGUAAACAGAAAUGGAGAGUUGUCAUCGAUUACCGAAAACUCAACGAGCUAACGGUUGACGACAAAUACCCAUUACCAAACAUCUCGGACCUCUUAGACCAGCUUGACAAUGGCCACUACGAAUUUGUUCGUAUGCCAUUUGGCUUGAAGAAUGCUCCAAGUAUGUUCCAGAGAGUUAUGGCUAAUGUUCUUCUAGGUAUACAAAAUGAAAGAUGUCUCGUAUACAUGGAUGACAUCAUCGUAUAUUCUCCUACCAUCCAUGAGCACAUAGCAAGGUUGACCGAAGUAUUUAAAAGACUUCGAAAAGCAAACCUGAAAAUCCAACCGAAUAAAUGCAAAUUCUUGAGAAAAGAAGUCGCCUAUCUUGGACAUGUCAUUACCCAAAACGGAGUCAAACCCAAUCCAACGAAAAUUGAAUGUAUCCAAAAUUUCCCCGAACCAAAAACCCAAAAAGAAAUAAAAUCAUUUCUAGGUUUAGCUAGAUACAAUCGACGAUUCAUUUGCAAUUUCGCAAAAAUUUCGAAACCAUUGACUAAAUUACUACAAAAAGAUGCCCCCUUUAACUUUGACGCAGAAUGCAGACAAGCAUUCGAACAACUCAAAAAUGCACUCAUAACGAGACCCAUUCUCAUUUACCCUAAUUUUGAGGAACCAUUUUUGCUCACAACUGACGCCAGUGCGUUUGCAAUUGGUGCCAUUUUAUCGCAAGGUUCCAUUGGCAAAGAUCUCCCAAUAGUAUAUGCGUCUAGAACACUUUGUAGCGCAGAAUCGAAGUACUCCACAAUAGAAAGAGAACUUCUCGCCAUCGUUUGGGCAGUAAAGCAUUUUCGCCCAUAUCUUUUCGGACGAAAAUUCCGAUUAAUUACUGAUCAUAGACCCCUCACCUGGCUUUUUUCAAUAAAAGACCCAAGUAGUAGGCUGGCACGCCUCGAAGAGUAUGAUUACCAGAUAGAAUACAAACCCGGCAAAAUCAACAAAAAUGCAGAUUCACUAUCCCGAAUCAAACUCAACUACUUCAAAGAAUGUGCGAAUUUCCAACACAAAAUUUCCAUACACGUAUCUAACGAAAACGAGACCGAAGUAAAAGAGGACCACGAAAUGAAUGACAACCCUAACGAAAACAACCCUGAAGAAAAUAAUAACCCCGAAGGAAACGACAUCCCCGAAAAGAAAAUCCCCGUAGAAACCAUUCAAGAAGAAUUCAAUACAUUUGUCAAUUUAUAUAAAUCAAAAUCUCUAAUCGAUUAUUCUAAAAUAGAGUUCGAUAAUUCUCAACUCCUUGAUAAACACCAUAAAAACAUUGUUAGUUUCUUUUGGCAAAACAAACUAGAACCAUUACCCUAUGAAAUCAUCGAAGACUUCUUCGAAGAACACCCAGACUUUUACAAUGACAGAAUCAACAUACUUUCUAACAAAUCAGUAAAAGAUCGUAAAUACUACAUCAUACCCCUUCCUUUUGACCCUGAAUCUGUCAUAGAACACAUGACACUCCUGCUGUCAUCAACAGCUAGUGCCCAAUACAACUUAGAGUCAAUCAAUAACUCGAUCGGCGUUUUCUUCCAUCAAGAAGGAACCCUCAAAAUAACAAACGAAACAUGGACCUUUUUGGUCUACAAAGAUUUAUCAUCCAUCAAAGACGCUCUGUACAAUAAUGAUAAAAUCCUAGAAAACCUCAUUUAUUUUCUCGAUAGAGAUGAGCCUAGAAUACUAGCUUUCAAAACUCAAAUAAAAACACAUACCAGUCUUUUAAGACAGAUAUCAGACUCACUACAAGUAAAGUUUAGAGAUAUCUUCACGGACACAGAAAAAUUUGAAAAAAGAACAAAACGUGGUUUAAUAAAUGGUGUAGGAACUUUUUGGAAAGCAAUAACCGGAAACCUUGACGCAUCCGAUGGAGAAUACUUCACGGAUUGUAUCAAUAAAAUAAGUCAAGACGAACACCAAAUCGAAAAUCUAUUAAAAAAUCAAAUAUCUGUAACCACUUUGGUGAUCAAAAACUUCAAUUCAACAAUUCAAAAGCUACAAGUUAAUGAAGAGACUUUCAAUCAAGACAUAAAAGAAAUCGAAAAAUCACUAAUGGAAAUAUCAGACGAUAUGGCAUUUUACGAAGCUCAAAUAAAAACUCUAGAGAUAUGCGAAUCACUCAUGGAAAGCUACAUAUUCCUUGAAACUUUUAUUGGUAGAAGCAAUGAUGAGUUGAUGGAAUUUUUAUUAGAAACUUUCGGAUAUGCAACAAUAGAUUUUAUAACAGAAAUUAUAAGACACCGCAGUAAAAAAAUUGACUACGGUUCACCUGCUUACGAAAAUGGACCACGAGCAGGAAAGAAAAAUCCUUCUGAACUCAUUGCAGGGCAAGUUAUUGUACAAUCUGAAAAAGAAUCUAUUCUUUCCAAAAAGUUGAGGAAAAUGGAAAAAAAAGACAGGUCCAAGUUCUCAACUACAGAUAUUAAACAAACUGAAGCUGAAUAUGAAAUAGCCAAGAAUGCUCCUAUUUUCAAAAAGGCGGCUCCCCAGAGAUUAGAUCCUGUCGAAUAUCCACAUGUUCAUGACCAAUUAAGAAACCAUAUGAUAACAACAAAAUAUGAUGGUGUUUCAAUUACCCAGCCAGAGAAUGCUGUAAAAAAAGUUACAGCUGAUUAUGCUGAAUUUACAAUACCAGGUGGUAAAAAAGGUGACGUUGCAGAUAUGGAACUUGUCAAAGUUUCUUCUCUAGAUGCAACAGGUCAAUUAGUAUUCAGAGAUAUAAAUGAAUUCAAUAGAAUUCAGUCAGAAGUUUUUUCAGUUGCCUAUCAUUCUAAUGAAAAUAUGUUAGUUUGUGCCCCUACAGGAGCUGGUAAAACUAAUAUUGCUCUUUUAGCAAUAGUACAUCAAAUAAGAUGUCAUAUGGAAGGAAGUCUCAUUAAAAAAAAUGAUUUUAAGAUUAUUUAUGUAUGCCCUAUGAAAGCUUUAGCAACCGAAAUGGUGUCAAAUUUUUCAAAAAAACUUGCCCCAAUUGGAAUCACUGUUAAAGAAUGUACUGGUGAUAUGCAACUUACCAAAAAGGAAAUAUCAGAAACACAAAUGUUAGUCACUACUCCAGAAAAAUGGGAUGUUAUUACAAGAAAAGGAGCAGUUGAUACAGAAGUGGUUGGGUUGGUGAAACUGCUCAUAAUCGAUGAAGUACAUCUUCUAAAUGGAAGCAGAGGACCAGUUAUAGAAGCGCUUGUGGCUAGAACUCUUCGACAAGUUGUGAGCAGUCAAAGCAUGAUACGGAUUGUAGCUUUAUCUGCAACUCUACCAGGUUAUUUAGAUGUAGCAACAUUCUUAAAAGUUAAUUAUCAAACUGGACUUUUCUUUUUUGAUAACCGUUUCCGGUCGGUGCCUUUGACAACAAGUUUUAUUGGUUGCAAGAAGAAAAACGAGAAUGAGACAAUGGAUAUGGUUUGUUAUGAGAAAGUUGUUGGGUUCAUAAGAGAAGGACACCAGGCCAUGGUGUUUGUCACCUCCAGAAAUGCCACUGCAGCAGUGGCCAAAAAACUUAUAGAAAUUGCUCAAGUAAAAGGAACUUUGCCUUUGUUUGAACCAGAAAAAUCUGUGAAAGUAAUGAGAUCUGGCUUUAAAAGUGGUGAUUUGGGCUUUCUUGUUCCACAAGGAUUUGGUAUUCAUCAUGCAGGUAUGGUGAGAUCAGACAGACUUGAAGUUGAAAGGCUUUUUAGAGUUGGCGAUCUGAAAGUCAUUGUUUGUACCACUACUUUGGCUUGGGGGGUAAAUUUGCCGGCUCAUGCAGUAAUCAUAAGAGGUACACUUCAUUACGACGCAACAAAAUCAACAUUUGUUGAUAUGGAUAUGUUAGAUGUUCAACAAAUAUUUGGUAGAGCAGGUCGACCUCAAUAUGACACUUCUGGACAUGGCAUUAUAAUAACUUCAAUGACAAAUAUGUCUAAGUACAUGGGAUUGAUGUUGUCACAAACUCCCAUUGAGAGUCAGUUUCUCAAUUGCAUUCCUGAUAAUUUGAAUGCUGAGGUUGUACUUGGAACAGUUUCCAAUGUUAAAGAAGCAAUGGAAUGGCUGGCGAAUACAUUUUUAUUUGUUCGUAUAAAAAAAAAUCCCCUGGUAUACGGAUUAACUUACAAUGAAAUUUGGGACAUAAAUCAGUUCAACCAAUUUUUACAACUUCAACUAGAUACUGCUGCAAAUACCUUGGAAAAAUCGCAGUUGAUAAGAUUUGACAGAACACUUGGUGAACUGCGUCCUACAAAUUUUGGUAGAAUCGCCAGUUUUUAUUACAUAUCACAUAGGACAAUGGAGAUGUUUUAUGAAAAAUUUGACAGGUAUAUUUCAGAGUCCGGAAUUAUACAACUCAUAAGUCAAGCCUCAGAAUUUGCUCAAAUACAGGUACGAAUGGAUGAAAUGCACGAGUUAGACAGGUUGAGAGAAUAUAAUGAGUAUGACAUUAAUUUAGAUUUUACCCAUAAUGUUUCCAAAGUAAUAAUUUUAUUGCAAGCCAAUAUCAGUAGAGCGCCAAUAAUGGUUUCUUCUUUAAUAUCUGACACCAACUUCAUCAUGCAGACAAUAACCAGACUCGCUAGAGCUUUAUUUGAGAUAGCCAAAGAUAAAGACUUUGCACUACAAGUAUCUCGUACACUACUGAUUGCUCAAAUGCUAGAACAGCAACAGUGGUCUGAAACACAUCCCCUACUGCAAUUUAAAGAACUGUUGCCACAUCUGAAUUCUCAUCGAUCAAUGGAAAUCCUUAAUAUGCCGAUGAGUGAGCUAAAAGAGCUCUCAGAACGUGAACUGGAAUCUCUUUUUCGCAGUAAACAUGUUGGUAAUAAAGUGAAGCAUUACUGUCAAAUUUUUCCUUGUGUCGAAGUUGACUUUAUUGUAAAACCAAUCACAGAAGGGGUUAUAAGAGUGAAAUUAUUUAUAACACCCAAGUUUAAGUGGGAUCAUAGUAUUCACGGAGGGGCCCAACACUAUUAUGCAUGGGUUGAGGAUCCCCAGCAUGAUAGUAUUUAUCAUAUAGAGUCUUUUGUGGUGACUAAAAGAAUGUGCAUGAACGAUGAACCUAUAGAGUUAGUACUGACAGUACCCUUAACGAAACCAUUGUCAUUGGAGUAUUUCAUCAAAGUAGUGAAUAGUCAGUUCAUGCAUUCGGAAACAGUUCAAGUGAUAAAUUUACAAGAUCUCAAGCUCUUCACUAACGAUUCCUUUCAGACGAAGAUUUUGGAUGUACAACCUUUGCCAAAAAGUGUCCUACGGAACAAAUCAUUUGAAGAUCUUUAUCCAUUCACACAUUUCAAUGCUGUACAAAGCCAAGUCUUCCAUUCCUGUUUUCACACUGAUACCCCUCUGAUACUUGGAGCACCAACAGGAUCUGGAAAGACUAUUGUAGCUGAGCUGUGUAUUUUGAGACAAUUCAUAAAUAAUCCUGGUCUCAAAGUAGUAUACAUUGCGCCCAUGAAAGCACUUGUAAGAGAGCGUGUCAUAGACUGGACCAAAAAAUUCUCAAAAAUAUCCAAGAAAGUUGUGGAGGUUACUGGCGAUAUAACACCACGUUCAGAAAUUAUACGUUAUGCAAAUAUUAUUAUAACAACCCCUGAAAAAUGGGAUGCGAUGAGUAGAAACUGGGCAGAAAAAGAUUUCGUGAAAGAUGUGGGGUUAAUAGUCAUUGAUGAAAUACAUUUAUUAGGAGAAGAUCGAGGACCAGUGUUAGAAGUAAUUGUCUCAAGGAUGAAUUGCAUUAAUAUGAAAACAAAAAAAUCAGUCAGGAUCAUUGGGUUAUCAACUGCUAUGGCUAAUCCAGGAGAUUUGGCUUACUGGUUGAAUGCUGAUAAAAGGGGAAUAUUUAACUUUAGUUCUGCAGUUAGACCAGUUCCAUUGGAAAUACAUCUACAGGGUUUUGCAGGAAAGCAUUAUUGCCCCCGAAUGGCGGCCAUGAAUAAAUCAGUAUACCAAGCAAUUUGCCAAUAUGCUUCAGACAGUUCAGCACUGAUUUUUGUAUCUUCACGUAAACAGACAAGAAUAACCGGCUAUGAACUAAUGAAAUUUUUACUGUCUGAAGGUAAUCCACAAAAAUGGCUUCAUUGUGACCCCAAUGAACUUGAGAGUAUAAAGUAUCGGUUGGUUGAUCAAGAUUUGGCUCAACUUUUAACUUUUGGUAUUGGAAUGCAUCAUGCAGCUUUGACUGAAAGUGACAGAAAUAUUGUAGAACAACUUUAUGUUGGUCAAAAAAUACAAGUGCUUAUAGCAACUGCCACUCUGGCAUGGGGUGUUAAUUUUCCAGCCAGAUUGGUCAUAGUAAAAGGGACUGAGUACUUUGAUGGCGCUACAAAGCGAUACGUCGACAUGCCAAUCACAGAUGUUAUUCAGAUGGUAGGAAGAGCUGGCCGACCUCAAUUUGAUACGACUGGUGUUGCCUGUGUUAUGGUGCAAGAAAAUAAAAAAAACUUUUACAGAAAGUUCCUUUUUGAACCAUUUCCUGUAGAAUCAAACCUGUUGGAGUUUCUUCCGGAUCAUGUAAAUGCAGAAGUAGCAAAUGGAAACAUUACUUCUAAAGGACAACUGAUAGAAUUCAUACAGUCCACUUUUUUCUACAGAAGAUUACUGGCUAAUCCGUCAUAUUACCAAAUGGAUCCUGAUUCGAAUCCUGACGAUUAUGUUAGUGAACUUGCAGAUUCUGUAAUUGAGAUUUUGCAAAAUAAUGAUUGUAUUGCCAAUCAAGAGGAGGAAAUGAAGUUUCUUUACGAACCAACUUUUUUGGGGAUGCUCGCAGCACAAUAUUAUCUGUCACACAAAACCAUAUAUUUUCUUAGCGAAAAUUUGCAGGCAGAUAGUUCUAUAGAGGAAUUACUGGAGCUCAUUUGCCAAGUUGAGGAGUACAGGCUUCUUCCAGUCAGACACAAUGAGGAUAAUAUUAACAGGGAUUUGGUGAAGGAAUUGGAGUUGAGAACUUCUUUUGCGUAUGAUUCACCAUGUCUGAAAACAUUGUUGAUGAUUAAAUGUUACUUAUUGGAUAUCAAUUUACCAAAUCAAGAAUAUGUUCUUGACUUGAAAUCAGUAUUAGAUCAAGUUAUAAGGAUAAUACACGCAAUGAUGAACUUAGCUGCAGGGCGCAAAUGGUUGAACUGUACCAUAAAAUUGGUUUAUUUCUGUCAAAUGCUUAUUCAAGGACAAACAUUGAAUACUCCUAAUGUAAUGAUGCUACCGUACAUUAACUUCGAGAUUUUUGAAUGUUUGAAAGCGAAACUUUUGAAUAUACAAAAUGUAAAUGUUGAAAACUUGUCCAUUCCACUUCUCAGGUCCUUAAUAUCAGAUAAAAGCAUCAGUAACAAAUUUGAUAACAUCCUUAUGGACCUACUAGGCUCCAAAGCUUCCAAAGAGGUUCUGAUAAUGCUAAAAGAUUUACCAAUAUUAACUAUCAAAACAUCUGUUAAAAAUGUUACUGACAAUAUUACAGUUUCUUGUACUAAUGAGCAAAACUUUCUGUGUGUUAAAAUGUCUCCUGGAAAACAGUGUAUAUUUGAGUGGAGUAUGUUCAGAGAUGGUUCCAGCAAGAUGAACGUUUGUAGUAAGAAGUUCAAUAAACAAAAGGAAGAAUUUUGGUUCUUAAUAUUUGUUGAAGAAGAUACAAUGAGUUUUAGAAAAUUUUCAUUUUCUAAAAGGACAAAGAAAAUUGGUCUGCCUGUCCAAAUGCCAACCCGAAAAGGAACUUUCAUGUACAAGUUGAUGAUUAUGAGUGACUGUUACAUAGGUUUUGACCAAACAUUAACUUACAAAGUAAUGAUUGAUGAUAAGUGAAAUGUGAUAUUGAUUUUAAUUAUUUAAUAUUAUUGUUACAUUUUCAAUAUAAUUUAUAUAUUUUGUUUUGUGAUUAAUCACUAUACAUGGAAAAUCCAGAAAGAAUUUCAGGUACUUCUUUGAAACUUGUUCCAUUACCACGAAAAUUACACUUCAAUUAUUUUUAAAAUGUGUCAGCACUUGAGUAAAUUAACUGAUAAUCUUUACACCCUCAAACAUAUAGCGGACGGCCAUUUUCGAUUGUUUCAAUAUUUUUGUUGAUAUUCUGUAUUUCAGUUUUGAUCAGUAUUAUAUUUCUGACACGUUUACAAAUAAAAUUUAGGUUAAACAGA